AUGAGAGCCUCAUGUUCCCUCUUCCUUCUUUUGACCCUUUUUGCUGCAUCGUCUGUCUCGGCCCUGGUGCCCUCCAGCUUCCGCAAUGCCACAAUUGACGACAUAGACGAUAUUACCACCGUAAUCAUCGACGCGUUCAAACCUUCGCCGGUCUUUAAAUAUAUUCGCCAAUUUGCGGACGAGGCUGGCGAGGAAUAUACGUGGACUUGCCAGCGUGAUAGCUACCUUGCGUUGUUCCAACAGCACACAUUGGAUUAUAGGUUCCAAGUGAUCACAGUGCCAAGUUCGACAUCCAACUCCGGGGAGAAAGUUGUAUCCGUUUCGGUAUGGGAUUUCAGCCGGACUCAAGACCACGAUGACAACGAUUCAUCACGUGCUUCGCCUCAUUUGUCAUCACUUCUCGCAUUCAGCUUGUCCCAGACCGUCCAAGGUAGUGUCGACCACAGACCAGACUCAGUCUUCGACUGCUCUGCGCAUCUCGACAUGAACCUUACUCGUGCUGUUCAUUUUCAGCAAUUUAUGGAGGAUGUCGAACGCAAGUACCUCACUGAGCCCCUCGGCGCCCAGCUCUAUCUUGGCCUGCUAGCAACACACCCGGAAUGGGACGGGAAUGGUUUUGCUGCACAGCAUUUACGAUGGGGCAAGGCACAGCUGGAGCUGAUGAGGCGCCCACCAGGUGGGAGGCUGCCGAUGACACUGCUGGCUACGCCCGCCGGAUACCCCUUGUAUAUUAGCGAGGGAUUUAAGGGGCUGAAAAAUGCUUCAAUGACACGGCUGGAUGGGAAGGGGCUGUUCUGGCACGAGGCCAUGAAGUAUGAGCAUGUGAGUGGCAAGUCUGAUGAGCUGUAG